AGAGAAAGAAAGAAAGAAAAAUAAAAUCAGAACCUAGGCGACUAAGGUGGGCACCUUUUGUGCAAAAAUAAGGCAAGAACACACCUUGCCUUUGGAAUAGGGCCUUGAUGCCUAGGUGACACCUUGACAAAUGGUCCUACUCCAUUUGUUCCCAAUAAUGUCCCAAAACCUCCCUUGUGCUCGUUUUGAUGACAUCCUCCUCACAGCAGAAGGCUGGUGAUACCAUAAGAACAGCUGUCAAAAUUUAGUGUCACCAUUCUAAUUGGGAGGUGGGGACUAGGCCUAACUCUUUGAUUCCUGGGGAUGUCGAAAUUGAUCACAUUCCUCCCACUUGGUGAAGCCUUUUUGUUGUUGUACAUCUAUGUUUUCCUAAAAUGAUCUUGUGGUGAUGUUACCAAAUGGCACCAGAAAUAUCCAUCCCGUAAACAGUUUGUUCCUUCACAGGUUUUGCUACUUUUAUAUAUUCAAACUCAAGUUUUACCUGAUGCUGUUUUCAGGAACUCCAUUGUACAUGGCUCCAGAACUAGUCCGUGAACAGCCGUAUAACCACACUGUUGAUUUAUGGUCUCUUGGAGUUAUUCUGUUUGGGAAGUUGUUAUGUCCUAUUUCUAUGAAAUGGUGCUGUGUUUGGAUGAGUGCACUGCCAGUGUUGACACUUAAACAGCAUCAGUUCUACAGAGUGCCAUUUCUAGUGUAUGAAAAGGCAUGACUGAUCACAAUUGCACACCGCAUUUCUACAGUCCUAAACAUGGACAACAUCCUUGUUCUUGAUCAAGGAAUCCUGGCAAGCUUAACAAAUUUAUUUCUUCCUCAUGCCAGAGAUGCAGACAGUCUUAGAAGACAUCUACAGUUAUAUGGAUCUAAGGAUAUGUAUGGUUAGGCUCUAGGUAGACACUUUCUGGGACAGAUCCAUCUUCAAUUCUCUUUGAUGUACAGUAAAACAGAAUGUAAUUAGCCCUGUUGAAUGAGUAUAUAUGACCAUUCAUUUCACUGGAAAUGACGUUAAGCAGACCAAGGCAAAUGAGUAAUGACCACUCAGAAUUACUUAUUUUUUUGCCAA